AUGAACAAUGAAGAAUGCCGGUGUAAAUUCAAUAAGGAAAGAGAAGAUAUCCUCGGCAGGUAUCGAGCCACAGUGGAAGACUCUCUCACAUCGGCAAACUUUCUUCAUUCAACAGACAUGACGGUUCUCCAAGCUUUCACGAUAUACAUUGUGUGCGGGAGGUUUGACAAACAAGGCCCCAAUAUCAACAGCCUAGUUCCAAUUGCCGUCGAUAUUGCUCAGAAAAAUGGCCUUACUAGACUCGAUAGCGACUCGAUAAUUUCGCCAUUUGAGAAUGAAAUGCGCCGUCGAAUUUGGUGGCAACUUUUUACGCUUGACAUCCGAAAUGCCGAAGAUCAUGACUUGGAGCCAUGCAUAACAGAGCCUUCCGCUACCCAAAAGCUUCCACGAAGCAUCAAUGACAUAAAUAUCCAUCCUGGGAUGAGUGAGAUACCCCCGUCAAGCUCAGAAAGAACUGAAUUGCUUUUUACUCUCGAUCGACACGAAAUUAGCACUCUGGCGCGCCGAAUACUAUUCUCAGAAAAGUUCUGUCAAGAAAACUCCUAUCCAAUAUCAUCCGUAUCGGAGAAGUGUAACGAGAUUGAUAGAUUCCAAGCCCGAAUCGAGCACCAAAUAUUGUCGCUGUGCAAUACGGAUAUUCCUGUGGAUUUUAUCACAGUAACUUCCAGUCGUUUAGUCUUGGCAAAACUCAAGCUCAGCGUGAUCAAGCCAAAGACAAGACAAAAUCAACAUAUUCUCAUUGGGGAAGACUUUCGAUAUACCUGUGUGGAAAUCUUGAAGAGCGCUCGAGCACUUCGUCUUUAUGAGGAGGGGAAGCAAUAUCUUUGGCUAUUUCAAACAUAUCUGGAGUGGGACGCUCUAGCAUAUCUCAUCAUCAAUCUAUCCUUAGUACCAUCAAGCCAUACGACUAGCUCAGCGUGGGAAGCGGCAGAAGACAUAUAUGAAUAUUGGAAGAGCCGUAGCGAGGUUCUUUUUGAUGGCAGAUGGAAACAGAUUGAGAGUCUACGCUCGCAAGCUUUGCUAGCAAGACGAGUGUAUCAAGACAAUCCGGCUUCCAUGGGGCUAUGGCUAGUUGACUCGGGAGAUCAGGCUGAUUCCGGAUCCGCAAACGCGGUGGAAUUCCAGGGAACUUCACCAGAACCGUUUAUUGGAGCAUACUCGAAUACAUUGGAGCCAAAUUCAGAUGUAGAUUCUGAUAUUCCGGUCCCCACAACGGGAACGGCUUAUCAGUGGAGUGCGGCUCUUUUCGAGCGCUAUUUUCAAGUCCUAGACUCUGAGCAUAUUACAGAAGUAGUAUCAUGGCUGUGA